UCUUCGGGAGUAGGUAAUGUUGAAACGACAUAGAAAAGGUGGACAACGACUGUGGAAGGAGUAAACACUUUCUCUCGGUGUACCUUGAGGGGAAUGCACAGCAUUUUGUACUGCUAUUCAUAAACGGGACUUUCAUUUUUUCUUUUCGAUUGGAUUUUAUCCUCGUCAUUUUUGAUACAGCCUACUUUUGGAGACUUUCAUGGUCGUUUGUGGACUUACAGUGUCGGUUACUUGCUUUAAUGUCUUAGCCAUAAAAGGGGACGUGUAAGUAGAGAAAAACAUACCUGUUUAUUAACUUGCAACCAUGUCUAUGCUUCCAACUUUUGGCUUUACGCAAGAGCAAGUCGCUUGCGUCUGCGAGGUCCUCCAACAGGGUGGAAACAUUGAACGGCUCGGGCGCUUUUUGUGGUCUUUACCCGCGUGUGAGCACCUCCACAAAAAUGAAAGUGUUCUCAAAGCUAAAGCUGUGGUCGCAUUCCACAGAGGAAAUUUCAGAGAGCUUUAUAAGAUCCUUGAGAGCCACCAAUUUUCCCCUCACAAUCACCCGAAGCUGCAGCAGCUGUGGCUCAAAGCGCACUACGUCGAGGCGGAGAAGCUCCGAGGCCGCCCUCUCGGGGCUGUGGGAAAAUACCGCGUCCGCAGAAAGUUCCCCCUGCCUCGGUCUAUCUGGGACGGCGAGGAGACAAGUUACUGUUUCAAAGAGAAGAGCCGGAGCGUACUCAGAGAAUGGUACACACAUAACCCCUACCCUUCCCCGCGAGAGAAGAGGGAGCUCGCCGAAGGCACCGGGUUGACAACCACGCAAGUCAGUAACUGGUUCAAAAACAGACGGCAAAGAGACCGCGCGGCAGAAGCUAAGGAAAGGUACGAGGAAAACAACGAAAACUCCAACACCAACAGCCACAACCCAUUGACUUCUUCCAUGAAUGGAAAUAAAACACUUUUGGGGAGCUCAGAUGACGACAAAACGCCUUCAGGGACUCCGGAUAACACCUCGUCGACUCCGGCUAUGCUCAUCGCUUCAAACUCGGGGCUGCAGAUGCACGGCCUAGCGCCUCCACCCGGGCCUAGCGCCAUGCCAGUGUCCAGCCAUGACUCUGUGCACCAUCAUCACUCUUUGCACGAUACUAUACUGAACCCUAUGUCGUCCAACCUGGUCGACCUCGGCUCUUAAACACGAGACCCUGGUUGGAAAGGGACUUUCUGAGUUACGUGGAUGUUUGAGAAAAGCUUCAGGCACCUGAUGCGAGGAGCAAAGGCGAAAGGACAGUCAGGAAAAUGUGGCUCACACGGUGAGAGGUGAGAUGGUAGGCGUUUAGCUGAAAGGUAUUUUACCGGAAUGUGAUAACAUGUUAUAUUGUUGAAAACAAUAACAAUAAAAUGUCUUAAUUCUUGUUACUAUUAUCGUUAUUAUUUUAGGGGAUAGAUAUCAACAGAUGCGUAAACUCAAAGUCAGGUACCCCAUGACCUUUUGUUUACACAUAGGUUUUCCAAGAGAGCCAUAUUCAGUUAGAUUUUGUUUUGGGGUAUCAUCGCUUAAGUGUUUUACUAUCAUGAGAGCCGUAUGUGAACGAUUAAAGAUUAUAAUAUCUUAUUAUUUGUAUUUUCAUUUGGAAAGCGACUGCAUGUUAACUCUGCGAUUAAUAAUAAAACAUAAACAAAUCGAUCUUACUAUAGUUUCAUAUACCCUUUACAAUAAAACAAAGAAAUGCAUUCAUUUGAAAGGAGAACUUGUUUGAUUUAUAUUAUUUCAGCUUUUUAUUUGAAAAAUGGCAAUUCAUUUUUUGUGUGGAGUUUGUUUUUYCACAUCAUAGUUGACCAUUGAGAUAUAUUUCAUACGAUGGAAAACACCACUUGUGAUUUUUUGCAAAAUGCUUUAGAACCACACCCACAUUUUWAAAUAUAUUGUUGACCAUAAUGUAAGCCAGUGCGUAAAGUAGCCUAGGAGGAGCAUGAUUUUCGUUGAUUCAUUAUUUUGAAAAGGCGACAGAAUGUCUAACCUGAAAAUACAUCUGUGUUACGUCUCCGCGUUAUGAUUCUGAUUUCGAUAGUAUCGUGUUGCAACAUUGGGCUAUCAAGUGGGCUAAGGUAGCCAUUAAACCGGAUGCAAAGGCAGCCCGAUAUGA